AUGCAACCCAUCGCUCCCCACAACCGCUCCUCCAAGUCCCAACCCCAGCCGUGCAAACAAGGGAUGUUCGAGUCCAUCCUCCUAGCGUACUACACCUCCCUACGCCUCCUCUCGCACCUCACCUUCUCCCUCCUCUCCUCCCUCGUACAAAUCCUCUCUGUCCUUGAAGCUGUAAAAAGGGAGUGGGAUGACAGUCCGUCGAUCUGGCGGCGGACGCCGUGGGAUGGGGUUGCGGAGAGGAGGGUGCGGGAGGGGAUGUGUAUGAAGUUCGGGCACGGGCAUCGUACAUGUUCUCGCGAUUCCGGGCAUGGUACUUGUCUCGAUCGGGAGAACAGUAGGGGAUGUUCAUGCGUAUGCGAGAAUUCAAGUGUGAGAGAUGGCUUCGUUAGAGUGGAAUACCACCCCCAGUCCCAGUCCACCACGACAUGUCGAAGAAGAUGCGGGACGUUCUGGCGAGACGUCCAACUCUCCGACGAUGGAUCGCUCGACCUCGAUAAAGUCGUCGAGUUGCUUGGGCUGGAUCCUCGGUAUUACGCUAUCGUCCAGCCUUCGCCGAACCGACCGCCCCUGAUGCAUAGAGGGAGGCUCUCGAGACUUGCGUUGCAUGCUUUGACUACGCCCGACCUUGAUGCGGAUCUGGAUGGUUCACCUCUUACCACACCACCCCCGUCGCCGCCGCCGCUGCUGGACAAGGCGUUCCUGAAGAACGACUCCGACCAGUGGCAGCGGUAUCCUGCGUUCUCCAAGUUCCACACUGACUCGCCUCCUCGUAAACCAUCGUCAUACCCCCGUUGUUCUAGCUGGUCAUUGGUUCAUGAACCCACCCCCUGCCGCCUUCCCACUCCAGCCACACCUCCGUUUAUGCAGAAUCUGACGCCGUUAAGCCGAAUAGAACCGCUUUCCUUCUCACCAAGUCUAGCCGACCCGCAUUCCUUUUCACUAUGUCUAUUCGACGCGUCUUCGCUCCCACUAAGACUCACAGAACACCCCUCACUCGCACUAAAACCCACAGAACCCCGUUCACUCCCACUACGUGCAACCGACCGGGACCGGUCAUCACUCCCUCUACGACUCACAGAACUCCAUUCCCUCCCAACCCUCACCCGCCUCAAACGCCACCUCCGCGCUCGCUACUUCGUGUGGAGGUGUUUUGGGCGGAUGGUGUGGGAUUUGGUGGGGCGGGAUGUUGUUUGGGAGUGUGUGGGGCGGGAUGGUGUUUGGGAGUGUGUGGGGGGUUCAAUGAAAGGGGAUGAUGGGGAAAGGGGUGGAUAUGGACGUCGGUUGGGUGAACAUGGACAUUGGUGUGAAGGAGAGGAAGGAUGUGAGGACGAGGGUGUGGUGUACUUGCCUUGUGACGAGGAUGGAUGUGGAGAUGGAGAUGGGUGGAUUGUACCUAUCGACGCGUGGAUGGGGAGGUAUUAUGAGGAGGUGAAGGGUCUGUGGGGGCCUGUGCGGGAUAUCGAUCCCGAUCCGACUCGUACUGGUACUCCUGAGGCUGCGACUUUACCCUCGGCAUCGACAGAAUAUCAAAGUAACUGUUGGGACCAGCCAACCUCGACGUCAGCGCCGACACCGACGUCGGCAUUGCUAUCGACUCCAUUGGAGGUGACGGAUGUGAAAGGAGAGCCGAUGGAUGAGAGUGAGGAGGCGGAGUUGCUCUUGCUACCGCGACGCAGCCGCCACCCCGGGCGUAUCGGUGCAUCCGCAAAGCUCAGCGAAGACAUGACGAAGACCACGAAGCUCCGUGAAGAUUCAGACAUAAUGGACUCGGAGAGAGGGGGUGAGAGGUAUGGAUCCAGAGGCCGCUCCAUCCCGCCUACGUUUUGGGAUUACGAGCCUGCCAGACGGCUGUAUUGUUACCUUGGGUAUAGGACGACGAGGAUGGUGCAUAUGGGUGUUGGUGGGGCCUGA